AUGAACACAACAGCCCACCACCACCUAACCACCAUCCCAUGGGCCACCCUCCAGCACGCCUACGGCCCAGCCACCGACCUACCCAACCAACUGCUUGCCCUCCAAUCACCAGGCAAACAAGCACGCACCGACGCCUACGACCAGCUCUACAGCAACAUCUACCACCAGUCCGACCGCUACGAAGCAACCGCGUACGCAGUGCCCUACAUACUGAGUAUUCUCGCGAGCACAGCGACCCCAGACCGGCCGCGCCUAUUCUGUCUUCUGCUGGAUCUAGCGCUGGGUAUACCCGCUGAUGAGUUGCCGUUAGGGGUUAACAUGAGAGGUGCUUCUGCAUCUGGGAUGUCGAUGUAUGGGGAUGUCUCGGACGGACAGAUUGACUAUGGGGUCGUUGCGUACGACGCCGUUCGUGCGGGCGUUCCGUUGUUUUGGAGAUGCUUGGAAGAGGAAGGUACUAGAGACGAUGGGAGAGUGAGGGCGUGGGCGGCUUGCGCGCUGGCAUACUUCCCCAGUGAGAUCGAGGGCAGUGCGGAUAUCGAUCGGCUAUUGCAACUCAUGGAUCGAGAAGCAGACAUUGAGGCCUUGGCAAGCAUCAUGAUUGCUCUGGGAUUGCUCAUCGGAUCUCGGGACGAUGGUGCUUCUCCCCAAGUCUUUGAGACUACUGCUACGGUCUCCCGCCUACACACACACUCAACCAACCCCCAUUCACUGAUCCGCUGGGCCGCAGCAGUAGCACUCACCCGGCUUCAGCAUCACAGACCAGAACACGUCGAAGUGAUAACGCUCGCCCUGACCGAUCCAUCUUUCAUCCCCGCCGAAUACCACUCCGUCUUCCCCUUCUGCGAGGGAGAUUUCAGCAAAUACAGCGCUAAGAUCCUGGGAGGGUUGGACAUGGACGAGUAUCCCCAUGUGGUGCCCGCUGUGCUAAAGGUGUUGCCUCGCUUGCCGCUUCCGAAUGCUCUGAAUCUAGCUGAAGUGGCUAUGGAGCUUGCUUUUGGUGCUAUGCCUGAUGAUGAGGAUGAGGAUGAUGAUGGUGAUGAUUAUGAUGAUGAUGAUGAAGACGGGGUCUCCGUCGAGCGACUGAGCGAGGUUCAGCGCCGGACAGUGAUGGCUUUGGCGGAGUGGGACGAUGAAGAGGCUUGGGGAACUGGGAUUGUGGGCGGGAUACUUGAGGAUUGGAACAUUCGUGGUGGGAGUCGAGAUGAGUGUCGUCGGUAUAUUGGGUUAUCAACUGGGUUGUAG